UGUUGGGUUGAGCGCAGUCCUGCACAUGCUCGGUUAAUGAACCAGUUGGAUGCAUGAAAACACGGACGGCAUCUCCUCGUUAAUUAAAAAGUGCCUACAUAAAAUGGAAAUAUGAAGCCGGGUUUGGCUUGAGCUGGAACGAUAUUUAAACGCUGCAUAUCUGAGACAGCACGCCUACAAAGAGGGACUGGCGCGCCUUGGCACCGGAGGGAAGCACCAAACUUCACAGACGAACUGAGCAUCAAUUUAGGACAAAAUAUCAGCAUACUGUAAGAGCAUGUUUCCGUGGACUGUUUUUUACAUCAUGUAAAUUUAUAAUUAUCAACUUAAGAUCCAGAAUAAGGUUUGGAAAGCGACAGUGAUUGUGCUCAUUUUGCUCUCCCAAACCGUGCCAAUGCUGGAAUGGCUUGUGGCUCUGUGCAUUGUGAUCCUGGUGGUCUUAAUCUGGCCAGGCUCCAAAUAUUUUGGCACAGAGAGCCAGACGGAUACCUUGCUUCAGAGACUGGGAAUUUCACAACAGACAACGAAGGACAAGACCGGGAGGUGCUUCUCAGAGCGAGAGGGGAGCGACGGUGCCCAGGCCGCCUGUGCGGGUGCCGGGACCGAUGGGAAAGCACGCACCGUGGCACUAAUAUGCAAACCGUCGGCACUGGCCAACUAUCUCCUAAAACACUGCAGGACUUUCAGUAAUUACUCGCCGUGUGUUGGGUGGACGUGGCGGGCCAGCGCCUUACUUCAGAGUGUGUACAAAGCGUGCUGGCCGUACAAUAGCCCGGUCCAGUUUGUGCGGGACAACCUGCAGCUGAGCGAUGAUGGGCUGGUGGCCUUGGACUGGGCAGUGCCAUCCUACCAGAAACGACGCAGGACUUCCAGUCACUCCACCAGUCCGGUUCUGCUCAUCAUCCCAAACUCUUUUGGGAAGAUCACUAGAAAUGUGUUAAAGCUAUGUGAAACGGCACUGUCCCAUGGCUACCUACCGGCAGUUUUCAACCGCCGCAGCCACAACGGCACCCCGCUCACCACCCUCAAGCUGCAGCAGUUUGGUGACCCUGCAGAUCUGCGCGAGGCUGUGCGCUACAUUCGCCACCGACAGCCUGCAGGAAGACUAUAUGCAGUGAGCGAAAGCACAGGGUCUGGCCUUCUCCUCUCUUACCUGGGAGAGUGUGGAUCAUCCAGCUAUAUGACGGCGGCCGUCUGCCUGUCGCCUGUGUUCCGCUGUCAGAGCUGGUUUGAGAACGGGCUGUGCAUGUGGCCCCUGCAGUGGGCGUUGGUGCUCUACCAGAAGAUAUGUCUCAGCAGGUACAAGACGGUGCUGGGGGAGACCAUACAUACAGACACCCUGUUUUCUAGCUGUUCGUUGCGUGGCCUGGAAGAGGCGUUGUUCUGUCAGACUGGCUCAGCACCAGCAGCACCAGCAGGGACCAGCAGUAGCUGCAAUACUUCAGGUACCUGGGAUGCUUACUGGGAACGCAAUGAGCCCUUGAGAGACGUAGACGAAGUGGCUAUUCCUGUUCUGAGCGUGUGCGCUCAGGAUGACCCAGUCCGCGGUGACACCCAAUCCACGAUACCCAUGGAACUCUUUGAGACAAACCCACAUUUUUUCCUCCUCCUAACUGACCGUGGAAGUCACUGUGGGUUCUCCACCCAGUCCGAGGGGAGCGCCGCUGGUGCAUUGGGGACUGGCAGUUCUGCGGCUGCACCGAACAGUGGGAUGGAGAGCCGUCGGACCAACUGGAGCCACAGAGCUCUGCUGGAAUUCUUCAGGGCGACCACAGACUUCUUUGCUGCAGAAGAGAGAGCGAAGCAGCUCGCGGCAAGAAGGAGGGGACUGGGGGGAGGCGCAGGAGGGAGGGUUUUCCGCCACCGCAGCGUCAGUACAUGUAAACGAGUGCCAGCAUGUUCCCAUAAUAUCCAUGCCAUUUACAACUGGCAGAGGUCCUACACACGAUGAGGGAGCUUAAUGGAAAUUAAUGGACUUUAGGGAUGCUUUCUGAUAUUGUUUAGACUUUGGAUGUGAAGAACUCAGGUUCUUCUCUGCCUGUGUGACACACAAAGUGUGAAGAUAUCCAAAACUAGAAAAGGGCAGAUGUUGUGAAGUACUGAGGUCAUGGAGUACUUUUAAGUGUGCGUUGUUCUCACACACUUGAUAUGAGCUAUAAAAUACUCGGACAGGAAAAAAGAUCACGUCAGGCCACACGCUUGCAUGCAGUUAUGUUUAACUGAAUGUUUAACAGUUGACAUAAAACUCUCAAGACGAGUGGCUAUAUAUUUUUCUACAGAGCAUAACAAAUCUCUUCAUUGCCAGCUGUUAAAUCUGAAGGAUGCUGUCACACAUUCAUUUAUUGAUUUAUCAAUUUAACUGCCUCACAUUUUACACAGUUUACUCGGCAUGUUUGAAAAUGUAACACUUAUUGUAGCAUCUUACUGUUAUUCUUUUUAACACUGAAAGGAUAUUUAUAGGGGAGCAAACGUUUUGAAAGUCUUGUGCAUAAAGUAGAAAGGGGGGAAAAAAUCCUGUGAAAAUUUUAAAUUAAUUUGAGCUAGUCAAAUGAUCACCCAGUGUUAUUGUGCACACUAUACUGUGUAUAUUAUUGAAUUUUGUCUUCUGUAUUGGGAAAUGUCCUGUGAUGCCCAGAAUAGAGGAACUUAUGUGUGUUUGCCACCCAGUCAGCUUUUAGAGGAAAAUCUGUGUCAUGACGUUAUGAUAGUUUAAUGAGCCGGAUGGCUGGAAGCACUUUGUGAGUUUUGCUGUCUCACUAUUUUAAACUCCCAACCCCCAAACUUGUGUUCCCAAGCUUUCACCCGACCGCUCAGGAUCUGAAGGUGGUGGAGCUGCGAGGGUGGCUGGUUUUGUGCUAAGAUGGAGCGUUCAAGACUUAGCGGCAUAAUGUUGUUUUAAACAUUUCUCAAGUCCCUGGAAAUUGUGUUAUUUGGGUUAAUUCGUGUGCAUUCAGCUAAUAAAUUAUAUGAAUUCAAACAAUAAAAAGUAAUAAAUAAUAAAGUGUUGACAGUGCUGAGAGGAGAAACACUUCGAAGGGCAGCUCAACAGUUUGUUAAGCAGGAAAAAGUCAAGGUUCAGAAUAGUAGAAAGCAUCAGGACACAAAACUGCCCAGCACUGUUUGUCAACUGAUUUUUGUCUUCUGUUUUAUAAAUAUGCGAUAAGUCUGCUAAAUGAGUUUCAUUAUGUGAUGGAAUUUCAAAAUAAAAAAUAAUAAUGAAUCAA